CCACGGCGGCAGGUGUGCGGAAGGUUUUCGGUUUUGGUUAUUCGGUUUUGGGUAUACGGUUUACCUGGUAGUUACCCCCCUGCAACGGACAGCCUUGGGGCCGCGAGCCUAGUGAUUCAGCCUCUGAAUGGCCCUCGUGGAGCGGAAGUUGUUACGUGCGAAGGUGUAAAAUGACCCGAUCGGAGUCGGAUUUGCACUUUUUGAGGAAGUGAAAAGCCACGAAUGUUGUUUGCCCCGAUUAAUCUGCGGUCAUUCGGCUGAGUGACAUGCCCGUUUUGCGUGUACGCCUCAAGUGCAACCGCAGCAAACGAUUUGAGAUAAAAGAGCGAGCGACUAACCGCGGCUAAUAAAACAGAGUGGCCAGAGGCACGAAAAUCAUAGACGGAUACAGAUAAAUUAACCGAAUCGACAACAAUAUGGCCUGCUUUCCCCGACUUUUCCAUCACCGCAGCAAAAACAAAUUCACCCCCGCCCAAGAUGAGAACACCGAUACGAUACUCAACACACAAGAUAGCCCCGUGCAAAUUGGUCUAUACAUUCGUCGCGAGGAGAAGCCACUGUACUCGCCCAUAGUCACUCCAAGUGCCAGUGAGGCCAAACUUCAACGGCUAAGGCAGCAGCCGCCCGGCUCCCCGCCCUCCCACCUUCAGUCGGUUGCCGAAAAUGGCAGCGCAAACAAUGGCGGCCAGGAGCGGCUGUUCCGCUCCAACAAGGACAAACUGCAGGAGUCGUCCUCUUUGGGCGGCAGUGCAAUUAAUGUCACACGCUCAAGUUCGAAAUUAAAACCAGUCAAAGAGCGACGGCCCACCGCCCUGCCCUCCGAGGUGCCCAGCAUAGAGGUCGAGGAUUCGCAGGACUCGCAGGAUGCGGAGGAGGAGCCGGGUUCUAAUGCACAUGCCAGCGAUGUCCUCGAUGGCGGCAAGUCAAAACUCAAAGUGAAUGUGAAUGGCAUAAUUGAUGAGGGCGUUGCCGAUGAUGUCGCCACACCCUCGAGCACCUUCACCUCCGCCAACACAACACCUGUGAGCGAGAGUCCUGUAAAGUUUUUCAUUGGUCACACGCAGGAACUAAGCGCCCAGCAAACAGAUGACACUUUGUCCUGGCAGAGCAGCGAUGCCAACAACAACAACAGCAGCAGCAGCAGCGCCGCCAUUAACGGCAAGCUGACAAAUGGGGUCCUGCCGCAGGAGCAACCGGAAAGGGAACGGGAAAAGGAACAGCUCCAGGCUCCGCCCCGCGCCAAGAGCUCCAGCAAUGUGUCACUCAAUUAUCUGGCCAAGAGCCAGACCCAUCCGGACAGCCAGCGCCGCCGCCGAGUGUCCACGAUGCCCGAUAUUAACAUACCGCCGGCCCCGCCGCUGCCCCCCGAACUCCUCGUCCCCGGAACGCCGCUCCACUUGCGCAAGAAGCGGAGCGUGGAGCGUCCGCAGGACCAGCCGAGUCAGCCAAAUCAGCAGGACCAGCAGGAUGCUUCGAAUAGUCAAGAUCAAAUAUCAAGGCCAGAGGAGAAGGCCGGCGAAUCCCCGACACCCAAAAUCCAUCGCGUGGAAGGUGGCCUCAUCUAUGUCCGUCCCAAUUUUCCCAUUCAAGGCGACAUUGAAAUCGAAUUUAUUGCAAAGGACGAAGCCACACGCAAUCUCAUACGAACGGCCAUUGAGCGCAAUGAUUUCCUCAAUAAUCUAAUGGACAAGGAGCGCAAGGAGAUGGUUAUCAAUGCAAUGGCCCCGGCCAGCUACCAGAAGCACAGUCUCAUCAUCCACGAGCACGAGGAGGGCUCCGAGAUAUAUGUGUCCGCCGAGGGGCAGUACGAGGUCUACCGUGGUGGAACUCUGGUGGCCACCUUUGGACCGGCCACUGUCUUCGGUGAACUGGCCAUCCUCUACAAUGCCCCGCGGCAGGCGAGCAUCCAGGCUGCCACCGAUGCACGGGUAUGGAAAAUCACACGCGAAACCUUCAGGGCCAUCAUGCAAAUCUCUGGCUCCAGAGAGCGCGAGGAGAACCUCCAGUUUCUGCGGUCGGCACCGUUUCUACAGGAGUUCGACCAGAGUUUGCUGCUCAAAGUCGUAGAUCUGCUGCAAAGGAAAUUCUACGAGACCGACCGGUGUAUUGUGCGCGAAGGCGAGGUGGGCAACGAGUUCUAUAUCAUCCGCUGCGGAACUGUGACCAUAAAGAAGCAGGACGACCAAGGGCAGGAGAUGAUUGUGGCCAAGCGGAAGCGGGGCGACUACUUCGGGGAGCAGGCCCUAUUGAAUGCGGACGUGCGACAGGCCAGUGUUUAUGCCGAUGCUCCGGGCACCGAGGUGCUCAUGCUGGACAGAGAAGCCUUCAUUAGCUACUUGGGAACCAUUAAACAGCUACGCGAGAAGCCCAGCAGCCAGCGAAAUGAUACGGGUGGUCGAUCCAGCAACAAGUCGCUGGAGUUCGACAACGAAUACUCCCAGGUGGCCAUCUCGGAACUGAAGAAGAUAGCCACGCUGGGCUGCGGAGCCUUUGGCCGCGUGGAUCUGGUGGCCCACGGCCAACAGGCUUUGGCCCUGAAGAUCAUCAAGAAAAUCGAGGUGGUCAAACAAGAUCAAAUAGAACACGUUUACAAUGAAAAGAACGUAAUGAUUAAGUGCCGCCAUUCGCCCUUCAUAGCACAACUCUAUCGCACGUACCGCAAUGACAAAUACGUUUACUUCCUAAUGGAGGCGUGCAUGGGCGGUGAUGUAUGGACGGUGAUGUCAAAGCGCCAGUAUUUCGAUGAGAAGACCGCCAAGUUUAUAGCGGGCUGUGUCGUCGAAGCCUUCGAUUACUUGCACUCGCACAAUUUCAUUUACAGAGACCUAAAGCCCGAGAACCUGAUGCUGGGCACGGAUGGCUACUGCAAAUUGGUUGAUUUUGGAUUUGCCAAGUUUGUGAGGCACAACGAGAAGACCAACACAUUUGCCGGCACCCCCGAGUAUGUGGCCCCCGAGAUUAUCCUGGAUCGCGGACACGAUCGUGCCGUAGACUACUGGGCACUGGGAAUUCUCGUGUACGAACUGCUCGUUGGCAAAACCCCCUUCAGGGGCGUUAAUCAGAUCAAGAUCUAUCAGCAAAUCCUCAGCGGCAUCGAUGUCAUUCACAUGCCUUCGCGAAUCCCCAAGUCAGCCCAGCAUUUGGUGCGGCAUCUGUGCAAGCAACUUCCGGCGGAACGACUGGGAUAUCAGCGCAAGGGAAUCGCCGACAUUAAGCGGCACAGUUGGUUCGAAAGUCUGGAUUGGCAGCGACUGAAGCUCAAGCAAUUGCCCUCCCCCAUCAAGAGACCGCUGAAGAGCUGGACCGAUUUGCAAUACUUUGGUCCUUCGGGCGUGGAAAACGAUUACGAACCACCGGAGGAAUUGAGCGGUUGGGACAAAGACUUUUAAAGCUGACAAGUAAAUUAUGUACAAUUUCGGAUAUUAGUUAGUAGCUAUAGAGUUUUUCUUCUUUAAUUUUGGGAGCGUCCCACGUAGCAGCCAUAACAACCUCGUAUUAAAUACUAGCUUCGA